AUGAACGAUGUAGAAGGGUUACCUAGUGCCGGGGGCGUGUUCCUGGUCUACCAGGGCUUGAUGGCUGUAACGGGACCAGAGGGGACACUGGUUUCCCUGGAAUCCAUGGUCUGGACGGGCCUGAUGGGGGAGCGACAGGGUGAUGUCAGCCGUGCUGGCGUUACUGGACUGCCUGCAUGUAGCUGCACUGGAAAGUCCAGGUGUAACUGUGAUGGAGUUAAAGGCAGUAAGGGUGACAAAGGUGACAGCAGAUCCACAGGUCCACCAGGGGAUUUGAUUCAGAUCAUUGGGAGAAUCAAAGGCUUCCCGGGUUUGCCUGGGCCCCUCAGACCCCCUGGCUAUACUGGUGAUCAAGGUAUCCAAGGUGAGCAGGGGACUCCGGGAUCCAAAGGCUCCCAAGGCCCUCCAGGUUCCUACUUUGCCGGGCCAAUAGCGGACGGCUUCCUAUUCACCCGUCACAGUCAGAACGUGCCACAGUGCCCAGGGGGCAGCAACCUCAUCUACGCCGGAUACUCCCUCCUGUUCAUCAACGGCAACAACAGAGGCCAUGGCCAGAAUCUGGUUUGCCCGCUGUCCAGGUACACUGGGGAGCUGUCAGCCUCGUUUCUCUACCAUGCCCUUCUAAUUCUGCAACACGGACAGCACGAGCCGCUAAGCCUCCUGCAAAGACUACUCCUACCGGCUGUCCACAGAUGAGGCCAUGCAUCGCUUGGUGUGGCCCUCAUCUCUGGUGACUCACUGGAGAGAUAUUUCAGCAGGUUCUGCUCUAGUAUACACUGGUUUGAACAGAUUGUCCUAGACAUAACACAGGAAGGAACUCCAGUGUCACUCUAUAAGUAAAUAUGGGUCUGCCCUGAUAGCUGGGAAUCCCCACUCUGCUGGGUAAAAUGCCCCUGAGGGGAUGUAUUGAAUUGUAAAUUGAAUUGAAUUACAGUUGCAAAAUUCCAGAAACUUUGCCAAAAUCCAGAAAUCCCGUUUGGAAUAUUCCUGUAAUCAGAAAGGAAUUAGCAGGACAUCUGGAAUCCUCCAACCAAGAUUUUUGGAAAACCUGGGAAUUUUGAGAAAGUUACUCACUCCACGCUAGCUUGAAUUUUGCAACCCUAAAUUGAAUUGAAUUAAUGAAAAAUGUUGCUGGCUUGACAAGUUUCCUUGUCUGCCCAAGCAUGCUCUUCAGAGUCAAUGUGAUGUAUGUUUAUUUAAAAAAAUGUAACUGCCAAAUUAUAUCAAUCAAUCAUACCGUAUUUGCGCUAUAUGGGCUGGCUCUGUCUUUGUGCUGCCUACUCUUUUGUCAUGGUAGGAACUACAGUCUGAGAAAGAGGAACUCCUGUAUGGAUGAAUUAAUUCAGUAGUUGAAUGGAAUGCAAGUACAUUUUUACCUGAACAAAUGUUUUACCUGAUCAGGAAAACCUCAAGGCCAGGAAGAACUCUGGGCCAUAGUAUAAUGGCGGUUCAUUAGUAACUGAAAACUAUGCUUACUUGCUUAUGGCAAUGCCAUACCAAUAGAGAGGUUCGAGGAGUGGGCCAGCAACCGGAAGGUUGCCUGUUUGAAUCCCAUGUGUGAUAGGGGAAAAUCUGUUCGAGAGUGGGCCUGAGGGUUGCUGCCUUCAGUGUCCUAGAUGCCAUCACCUGCGGUUGUACCUGUGAGCAAGACACUUAACCCCUAAACUGCUCAACGGGCACUGCACUAGUAGCUGCCUACUACUCAACCCUCUUCAACCAAGGGCUGGAUUCAAUUCGUAGUCCUGAAGUUCGGCGUUACAGCGUGAUUCAAAUUUAAAGGCAAUGUCUCCGCUCUAGUGGAGUCUGUAUUCACAGUAAAUGCUGCAUAUGUCGGGCUCAAUUGGAAAUUACCUUUAAAUGUUGAUUGCCCAAUCAAUCUGUAACACUUCAGCGUUAUGUGUGUAUGUGUGUGUGUGUAUGUGUGUGUGUGUGUCAGAGUGGUUGGGCACAGCAGAAGACCAAUUUCCAUUUUGUGCAAUCAGUCUGUAAGGCCUCCUGCAGGGACGGGGGCUGGGAUAAAAAAAAUAAUAUAUAUAUAUACAAUGGGGCA